AUGACGGGUGCACAGAGAGGUCAUCUUUGGGUGGAUGAGCUCACCUGGCUGUAUCCUCAGCGUUUACACCCCUCACCGUCCUCAACCUUCAGGCAUGAGGCCCCAUCAAGGAGAGUGUGGACACAGCGCACUGUAGACCAAGCCUUCUGUAAACAAGGAGGCAGCGAGGCCGGCACUGUCAUCCACCACCUUCACUUACCCACCUGUGUAUUGAACACAGUGCAUCAGGAGCCGCGUGUGGUGUUAAUGGGAGGCGGUGGAGAGUGGCGGCUGGCGGUGGAGAGUGGCGGCUGGCGGUGGAGAGUGGCGGCUGGCUGUGGAGAGUGGCGGCUGGCUGUGGAGAGUAGCUGCUGGCGGCCAGAGUACCACAAGAGGUUCACUCACACCGGAUGCUGGCAGCUGGUGCUCAUGCAACAUGCAUGUGAGGGACCAGAGGACCAGGAGAGACCAGGGAGGGACCAGAGAGACCAGGAGGGACCAGGAGAGGACCAGGAGGGGGGGGACCAGGGAAACCGGGAGAGACCAGGGAGGGACAAGGAGGACCAGGAGGACUAGGAGGGACCAGGGGAGGACCAGGGAGGGACUAGGAGGGACCAGGAGGACCAGGAGGACAGAGGCACAAGGAACGGUGGUACCACAGCCGUCGGCCAACACCCACAAAAACAUAAUUACUUAAAGGAAGAACAGCGAACAGGACCAUCAGAACAGGACCAUCAGAACAGGACCAUCAGAACAGGACCAUCAGAACAGGACCAUCAGAACAGGACCAUCAGAACAGGACCAUCAGAACAGGACCAUCAGAACAGGACCAUCAGAACAGGACCAUCAGAACAGGACCAUCAAAACAGGACACCAUCAGAACAGGACCAUCAGAACAGGACCAUCAGAACAGGACACAUCAGAACAGGACCAUCAGAACAGGACCAUCAGAACAAGACCAUCAGAACAGGACACAUCAGAACAGGACCAUCAGAACAGGACCAUCAAAACAGGACCAUCAGAACAGGACCAACAGAACAGGACCAUCCAAGAACAGGACCAUCAGAACAGGACCAUCAGAACAGGACCAUCAGAACAGGACCAUCAGAACAGGACCAUCAGAACAGGACCAUCAGAACAGGACCAUCAGAACAGGACCAUCAGAACAAGACCAUCAGAACAGGACACAUCAGAACAGGACCAUCAGAACAGGACCAUCGAACAGGACCAUCAGAACAGGACCAUCAGAACAGGACCAUCAGAACAGGACCAUCAAAACAGGACCAUCAGAACAGGACCAUCAGAACAGGACACAUCAGAACAGGACCAUCAGAACAGGACCAUCAGAACAGGACCAUGAACAAGGACCAUCAGAACAGGACCAUCAGAACAGGACCAUCAGAACAGGACCAUCAGAACAGGACCAUCAGAACAAGACCAUCAGAACAGGACCAUGACAGGACCAUCAAAACAGGACCAUCAGAACAGGACCAUCAGAACAGGACCAUCAGACAGGACACAUCAGAACAGGACCAUCAGAACAGGACCAUCAGAACAGGACCAUCAGAACAGGACCAUCAGAACAGGACACAUCAGAACAGGACCAUCAGAACAGGACCAUCAGAACGGACCAUCAGAACAGGACCAUCAGAACAGGACCAUCAAAACAGGACCAUCAAAACAGGACCAUCAGAACAAGACCAUCAGAACAGGACCAUCAGAACAGGACCAUCAGAACAGGACCAUCAGAACAGGACCAUCAGAACAGGACCAUCAGAACAGGACCAUCAGAACAGGACCAUCAAAACAGGACCAUCAGAACAGGACCAAGAACAGGACACAUCAGAACAGGACCAUCAGAACAGGACCAUCAGAACAGGACACAUCAGAACAGGACCAUCAGAACAGGACCAUCCAAGACAGGACACAUCAGAACAGGACCAUCAAAACAGGACCAUCAGAACAGGACCAUCCAGAACAGGACCAUCAGAACAGGACCAUCAGAACAAGACCAUCAGAACAGGACCAUCAGAACAAGACCAUCAGAACAGGACCAUCAGAACAGGACCAUCAAAACAGGACCAUCAGAACAGGACCAUCAGAACAGGACCAUCAGAACAGGACCAUCAGAACAGGACCAUCAGAGAACAGGACCAUCAGAACAGGACCAUCAGAACAGGACCAUCAGAACAAGACCAUCAGAACAGGACCAUCAGAACAGGACCAUCAGAACAGGACCAUCAGAACAGGACCAUCAGAACAAGGACCAUCAAAGACAGGACCAUCAGAACAGGACCAUCAGAACAGGACCAUCAGAACAGGACCAUCAGAACAGGACCAUCAGAACAGGACCAUCUUAACCACCUGCACAUUAGCCAUCCCACAUACGUCAACUAUAGCGGCGGUGCGUGA